AUCCCUUUUCUAUUUCACAGGUUUGACCAGAUGCCAGAUAAUUUUGGGUAAAACUUUUUUACUAAAACAGAAAGUCAUCUCUGUCCUGCAAUACAUUUGAAGAACCAUUUUAACAUAAAAGAAAAUGAGCUGAGAAUCAUUGGACAAAGAGGGUAUUAAGUUCACCAUAGGAACGCUCUAAUGGAUGAAAGGGAAUCUCCUACAAAUGACCAGCAGUUAAAUUUACAAGACUUACUCCAUACAGAUACACAGGUGGAAAGGAUCCAAACGCGCUUGCCCUUUUCUCCAGAUGAAAAUGAAAAUCAGUUUAGCAGCAGCAAGCAUGAUACUGUAAAAAGGCGAGACAACACAAUGGGAAGAGUUGAGCAGGACAGCAUAAAUAAUAAUGAGGACAGUGAAGAGUACACAUCUUUCUGUCAGGAUGAUGAAAGUGAUAAGCCAUCUCAAAGUUUUCCUGCAGAUGAAAUGCUCCUUGUAGAACAAUGUACCUCCGAAAGAAACAAUCCAAGAAAAACACAAAAAAUCAGCAAUGAAGUUAAGUGGGAGAAGACUGCCACGGCAGCAGCAACUCAUGCCCAAGAUGAAGAUGAAAGCACAACAAAUGCAAACUGUUCCCAGAAGGAUCCAAACCAAACCUUGCAGGCCCUCUUCUCUCUCCUACGAGAGGAAUUUGAGCAGAUGGAUUUGCGAUUGCUGCCCCUGUAUCUCCAUCAGAUUGCUGAAACCUAUUUUCAAAAUGGAGAAUAUGAGAAAGCCAUGAAGUUUGUUCAACUGGAACGGUUAUAUCAUGAACAGUUACUUGUAAACCUUUCUUCUAUUCAACAGCAGUGGGAAAAAAAAUGGAAAGCCACAGAAUCAAGUGAGGCUCCAGAUCUUAAGAAUUCUGCGAAAGGUCUAAAUAAUGAAGAAUUAGAUAAACUUGCUGAACUUUGCACGUCACAUCAAGAGCCGCUUAUGUCCAGAAGCAAGCUCAUAAGUACAGAAAAAUCCUUGAGACACCAGAGUUUGAUAGGUUUAAUGAUAUCAGAAGAUUUAAAGGAAAAACCUUCUGCUGCAAAUGAUACAGAUACACCAACUUGGACUGGCAUUGGGCCAAAGAAAGAGAAUCAUCACACAGAGAGGGAAAGAAGCAAGCGCUUUCAAUCUAAAAGCCAUCACAUGCUUCAGGAGAGGGCUGGUCAUCGCCUAGCUGUGGAGAAGGACCACAUGGAGGAGGAACAACAGCGCAUUGCUGAAUCAACACAGGAGCCACCUACUUGGCCCACAGAUAAUCAGAGCAUGCCUCGCUCUCACUGUUUAUCAUCUGGGGAUGCUAGUGAAGAUGACAGUCGGCCGCUAAGAGAAGAACAGUUCUCUGAGGAUGCGGCAGAAAUAGAAACAGCUACUGAGGAGCUUGCAGCAGAAUGCUCUAGUGGGCCAGUGGUAAAUACAUUGAUUGUGACAGAUGCUGAUGAUCUGUUUUCCACAGAUGAAAAUGUUCCAUCUGAAAGAAACUUACUCAGGUCAAAACAAUGUUCUGGCUCUAUUGUGACUCCCAGCAGCCAGCUCGAAAGCAGCAUAUUAAACCAACAGCAGCAGCAGCCUGAUUAUGGGAGUGAUAAGAAAUCUGACCAGGACAGAACAUCAGAUAUCAGUGAUGAUGGGAGUGCUGAAAGUAGUAUACCUAUACAGUCUUGUGCCACACCUGAAGGAAGACAAGAGGAAGCAACAGUUCUGGAAGAGGAACACGAAGGACCAGAAGAUUUCUUUGACAGGUUUUUAAAUGGUUGCCUAAAAGACAGAGAAGAGUCUAUGCAAGGCCAAGGAGACUCUGAAAUUGCUUCACAUAUGCUGUCUGAUCAAGCACUUUAUAAUUCAGAUGGUUAUGCUUUGGAUGAAAGCUUUUCUUCACUCGACGAACUGGCAAAACGGAUAGAGAUUGCUGAGACUGUGCCUACAGAAGGGCUUGUAUCCAUAUUAAAGAAAAGAGAUGACACUGAAGGAAAGACUCUUGCCCAAAUCCAGACGAGGCAGUCCAAAAGAAGAGUGAGAUUCCAAGAAAUGGAUGAUACAUUAGAUCAAGAGGAAGUUGGAGGUGGUUCGUGCAUUUUGCUGAUCUUACUAUGUAUAGCAACUGUAUUCCUUAGUAUUGGAGGAACAGCAUUGUAUUGCACAUUUGGCGAUGCAGAAUCUCCAGUAUGUACUGAGUUUGCAACCAACGUGGACUUUUAUUGUACUCGAAUACUGCAGGGUAUAGAGGAGCUUAAGCACUGGAUAUCUUUCUCAUAGAGAAAAAGGAUAUAAACACUUGCUGACACCUCAUUGACAAUUACUGAAGAAACAUACAUUCUUCAAUCUUCUUAUGACAUGGCACCUCCAGAUGAUGAAUCGCAAAUGUUAUAAGGACCUACAUUCUACAUAGGAAGCACUUUCCAGUUAUUAGGAAUAUCGAAAUCAUGCUAAAGUCUCAAGAGGCAACAUGAGAAACUGGUAAACAUAUUCAUCUUUUGAGAUACUGUGAUUACCACCUACACUUGUGACAUGAGGAAGAAAAAGGUGAUUGCCUUCCUUACAGUUUCUGAUCUCCACAUACUCAUAUGCAAAUUGAAAAUUUAGUGCAAGACUAUUGAUUUUUCUUUUCAGCUAACUGUGCAAAGAUAUUGUCUCCAGCUAUCAUGCAAUAAGUCCAGACUUUAUGGAAAUGUUGGAUUUAAUUCGGCUUAAUUAACGUAUGUCUUGUUUUUCAUUGUCCUGGUGAAUUAUGUCAUUUGGCAUAGUCCUGCAAAAAUCAAAGCCCUCUAUCUAGAUUCUAGAUGUUAGCUGGCCAUGCAUUUCAGAAUAUAGCAAUUGCAAUAAGGAAUGCAUCCAUCAUUUAUGUACAGCCUUGACAAACUUUGAAGUGUUUUUAAACUGCGGGUUUUCAAGAUACGGAAUUCUAAAAAUAGAUUGUCUACACAUAGAAAAAAGGCUUCUGAAAAGUACCAUCUGCAUACCCUUUAAAAACUGUUUGCUACAUUUCAUAUUUUAUGUUUUAAAUGCACACUAAGAAAUGUAAAGUGUGCAUGUAACAAACACCAGCAUCUUAACUGGCAUACUUGACAACGACCCAUCUGUUAACUAUUCGUCCCCACUGCAAACAUGAAUUAUGAGCAAAAUAGACUAUAGACAUAUCAAAGCUCUUAGUGGUUCUCUUCAGGAUAGUGAUUUCUAUUUGACCAUAUUAUGAAGGAAACAGAUGAACCCUGUGAGAGGAAUGUGACUUAUGAGUUCUGUACCUAAAAUGCAUGCCUCAGACUGGGAAGAAUUAAAAUCUACCUAGACCAAAGUCCAAGAGGAACAAUCUAGUUUUGCAGUUUCACCAGUAGUUUUUUAUCAUUGUCGAAUCAAAGUUCUGUCUCCUUAGCAAACCAUUAGAAUUUUGUCUUGCUUCCCUUUUAGAUUUUUUUACCCCCAGUGGUUAAACUUGUUUAAAACUAAUGUAGGAAUAAAAAGGUAUGCAAUGAAAACAACCAUAAACAAUUAAGAGAGAACAGAAAUAGGAACCACUGGGAAUUGCAUACAUUGACAUUGCAUGCUAGAAUUUUUUUUAUUGUCUUUGGACUUGUUAACUUCUGUUUACCUUCAUGCCAAGAUAAUUUCAAAGUCAAGUGAGAAACCCCUGCAUGCAGGGCAAGUCAUGACAUGCUUGAAAUCAGGCAUUUAGUUGACACAGGCCACUGGGUCCUCAUCGUUUUUGUGUGCCUUAGAACUUUUCAGCACCAUCCCUGUGUCUGCAAGUAGUACAGAUCAGUAAUCGUGAGCCCACAUAUGUUUGGAGAUGUAUGUCUCCAUAAUAGGUAUUCUUAUUGGGGGUUUCCUCUAAUAGAAUAUAAGCAUUGUUUUAGAGAGGAGUGUUCCGUUCUUCUUCUUUAUUAAAUCAAAGGCUUUUAAUAUAAUAAAGAAUUCCCUGGAGGCAAACCCUUCUUGAAAUAUGCUUGACUAACCUCUCCUCAAUGUGAAAGUAGUUUGCCAUGUGUCAGAGGGCUUGAUGUACAAAAAUGCAAAGCUUCCAAAACUAGUAGAUUUUAUUAAAUCUCAUAUCAUGUCCUAAAGCCAAUUUUAACAUUAGCUGAAAGAAAGUCUCCAUAAGCAUUUUUGUGAUGGAUUACAUGCUUGCACAUGCAGCCGUGCAAGAAGUUGCACAAUAAAAUUUUAUUGGAUACUGCUUCUGUGUUAACUCUGAAAAUGUACAGCCACUAAAUUGGUGCUACAAAACAUUAGCAUUGGACACUGGCCCAAAUAUUUCAGUUGCAAGUAGAAUUUUUUUAACUUAUUUAUUAACCUCAGUUCAGCCAUGAGCAAGCUGUCUACAUGAAUGCGGAGUUGUUUUUUAGGAUGCUUUUGAGCAAAGUUUGCAAAACAAUUUUGAAAUAACCUAGUGGUCUAUUGCAAGAGAAAAGCUAAUGUCUUACCUGUGUCUAGAUUGGCCCAUACACCAUAUUGAGUUUCCAGGACUUUAUAUUUAUAUAAAUAUUUCCAUUUCUUAACCUUCCAGAUCUCUUUAUGAACAAGAAAUGAAAAUGGAUGAAAUAAAUAAAAACAUUAUUUUAAAAGAGAUAAAAACAGUUUUUAAAAACUUUUCUUAAAACACAUACACCUCAGCAAUCAACCCUAUCUUGUCUAAUCCCCAAACUGUCUGUUUGGAGUGGCUAGAAAAAUAGGUCAUCUUUGAGACUUCAGAUAUACCCAAAUAGCUCUCAAGAACUUGGCAAAUUACAGCUUGCAUUGCACUUGAUGGGCAUUAUUUUUCUCUAUCUACUUUCCAUCAAAUUGACAUGAUUUUCUCCAUCCCAACAGCUGUUGCCCCUCAUAUUUUCUCAGAAUUCAACAAAUCAAUUCUUCAGCACAAAUCAAUUCUUCUUAUUUUCAGGUUAUAGCUUUCUUCCCCUUACCACCCCCACCCCCUCAGAAAAGAUGGCAGUAUUCAAAGCUCAUCAAAAAUGUAACUCAACACUCUCAAGAAGUGGCAGCUCAUAGACAAAGCUCCAAAAUGACAGCCCAGUUGGGGUUUGAACUCAUGCAUUAAAGUUCAGCUUCAAAGCAGCAGCUAAAGUACUCUCUUAAUUAAAUACAGAUAACUCUAUUGAGAAGGUUAUUUUUGGAUUACAGUUUAUACUACUGCAUAUAUUGACCCAUCCUUCAAAAUUAUGCCAGUGGAACAGUUAUUGGUAUACAGUACAGGAUGCAGGAUCUGUGGUUUCAUUUUUCCUUGUCCAACAAAAUAUUUCGCUGUAGGCAUUUUCUAGGUCCUUCAGUGCAACUCUAUGAUAUCCUUAGGCCAGAGGUUCAUCAUUUCAAUAGGGCUUAUUAUUGGUUUUGCGAAUUUACAUGAAGUCUGGGAACAUAUCCCCUGUGGACACGAGGAUUGUACUGUACUUCAGGCAAAGGUUAAAUCCAAAGGCUUCAUUGGCUGUACAAAAAUCUUCCACAUGGAAAUUGUAUUAUAUUUGUUUAUUUUUCUGCCUCCAACUUUCCAUAUUGUACUGAAGAUUCCUCCCUAAAUUUCCCCAGUAUGUAGGAAGUAGUCUUCAUGAAAAGGAAAUAAGAUUUUUCAAAUCAAGGCUUUUCUCUUCGAGACUCUAAGGAUUUGUGUACUGCCAGUGCAAGAGUCAUAAUGCAGGGAUUAAUUUGGAUUUUUAUGUUUUGUCUCUUAAGAAAAAAAUCUGCAAUGUCUGGAGUUUCCUAUGUGCACUUCAAAGGACUAUAUGCUAUAUUAUAGCAGUAUUCAAUCUCCUUCAGUAGGGAGGUCUGAGUUUUAAAAUGGUACUGGCUGGUUCAGUACAUCAUCUUUGUCUAGUCACAUUAAAUUGCUUGACCUGUAAAGGGAUUUUCUUAUUUUUGUUUUGUAUUUUUAUGAUGGAAUGUUGAUAAGCAUGUAUUCAGUAGCUAUAAUGUAUUUAUAAUUUCUCUGCAGUUAGUAUAUAUUCGGGAUUAUGUAAUUUUCAGUGUGGUGUUCUCUUGAAUGUUAAAUUAAUGUUCAAAUAACAAUCGGUUUCACCUCUGUUUUAAAUGUUUGUGCACCUGAUCACCAAAAA